UUGUAUCGGUACAACAACUUCUUCAAUUUUUUAGUUUUCUUUGUUGCAACAGCCAGCGCAGGACAAGCAACAAGACAAUGGCUGAAUUUUUAACUCCAAUAGUUCGUUGGGCUCAAAAUGGUCCAACCAUAGAUCUUACGGUAGACCUAAUUGACGUAAAGAAACCAAAGAUAGUUUUGGAUGAAACAACGUUGGAAUUUCGAGGUUUUGGGCAUGGUGCACAAGGGGAGAACAUAUAUCAAUUUAAUUUGGAAUUUUUUAGCAAGAUUGACUACAAGGACAGCAACUAUAAAGUGACUGAACGAAAUGUAUCAUUUCAAUUGAAAAAGCAAGUUAAAGGAGAGGAAUGGCCUCGCCUUUUAAAAAGUGAACAGAAACCUGGAUGGCUGAAAGUAGACUUUGAUAAACUGAGGCUAGAGGAUUCUGACAAGGGAGAAGAAGAUGAAACAGAACGCAUAAAUAAAAUAUCAUUUGAACAAAGAAUAAAAAGUGAAGUGGAAAAAGCAAAAAACGAUCUUGGUAUAUACACGCGGGUGGCAUGGUUGACAAUAUACAACUUAUUUCAGGCUGUGUGUUUCAUGAUUAUUUUGUUCAAACUACUCUACAACUUAUAUCAACAUGGAAAAGAUGUAAGGCUGCAUUUUUAUGAUGAUGUCAGCGAUUUGUUGCUAACCUGUCAACUAGCUGCAAUUAUAGAAGUGAUCAACCCGUUGGUUGGAAUUGUGAAAACAGGCGUUACUGCUCCACUUAUGCAGGUUGGAGGAAGAAAUUUUGUUUUAUUUGUUUUAAUUGUUCCUGUGAAAGAGUUUCAUCAUGACUGGACAGUUUUUGUGCUAUUUUUUGCUUGGGCAGCUAUUGAAGUGAUCAGAUAUCCGUUCUACAUAAUAACAUUGCACCGAUAUACUAACAUAGUAAUAGAGUGGUUGCGAUAUUCUGCAUGGAUUCCUCUGUAUCCCGCUGGAAUGUCUUGCGAAGUUUUGAUUAUGUAUCGUUCAAUUUGGAUAUCGAAGGAUUCUAAACGUUGGGAGUAUCCGUUACCAAACACACUUAACAUAUCUAUCAGUCUUUCUUCUAUAAUUGGCUUUUGUUUGUGCGCAUACACUCCGGUGGCAUUGCAAUUGAUGAAACAUAUGUGGAUUUUGCGCAAGCGAAAACUUGGUGGCCAAAAGAAAUUCAAACAGCAAUAGUAUGAAAUUUGUGGUGGAAUGGAUUUCUAAUCUCCAAUGAAUAUCCUAAUUUGUUCAGAGAAAUCCGAAGACAUGAAUUGUAACACUCAUCUUCUCACUAUUUUAGUCAUUUUCAAUUUAGGUCGUAUGAUGUUUUAAAGAAUGACAAUUUUUAUUUUUAA